UUCAAUAAAAGAUACACAUUGGUGAAGUAAAAUGAAUGAAAAAUCAAUUAUUGUUUGAUGUAUCUAGUUGAAAACAGACCCAUUGCGAUUUCGAGACAGGAACUUGCUGUUAAAAGUGUUUAUUGUGCUUCUUGAGAUUUAAUAUCUUAGAAACAAAAGAAAACAGAAAAUGGCAGAAAAGGGAACAGAAAACACAGAUGAUUAUUUAAUAGACGCUGAAUAUUCAUCAGAUGAGGACUAUGCUAAUGUACUUCAUAAACUGGACCUAUUUAGAGCAACUGGAGGUUUCGAUGACUUUGAUGCGUCUUUAACAAACGAUGAUAGUAUACUCUGUAAAAUGGACCAAUUUGGAGUUCCUGCAGGUUUCGAAGACUUUGGUGAUGUAAGCAAUAACAGUGACCAGAGUGCUGAUGAAAACAGUGAAAAUGGGACAACACUAUGGGAUGAAAUUAUAGAUGAUUGUCUAAAAAACGCAGAUUUGAUAGACGAAGAUGGUAAUAAUGUUCUUCAUAAAUUGGUCCAAAUGGGAGAUGCUGAUAAUUUGGAUAACUUUGGUAGGCAAAUAAACAAGCUUCUUUUAGGAAAAGGAAAGGAGUUCGUUAAAGGAUCUUUAAAGCAUAAAAAUAAUAUAGGAAAUACACCUUUGCUUGAGCUAUUAAGGUGUGAAGAUAUGGAUUGUGUUAACAGAGAGGCCCUACAAAUCUUUUUAAACGAAGACUAUGAAUAUGAUAUUAACACUUCGAACAAUAUGAAAUUAGGUCCACUUCAUAUAAUAAUGUCAAAAGAAUUUCUGCCCAAUAUUUAUGAGAAUGUUUCAUCCGCCAUUGACAAACAAAUGUUGGAUGAUUACAACAAAAAGAGAAAUAUAAUUGCGACAAUGUUACUCAAGGCUCGUGCGAAUGUUAACCAAAAGGAUAUUUUCGAUCGUACGCCAUUGUUUUUAACAAAUGCUAUAAGUUCUGUUCAGCUUCUCAUAGACAAUGAAGCAGAUUUGAACAUUAACGAUAAAUUCGGAAGAUCCAUAUUGCUUGCAGCUGUAUCUAUGGAAAAUCAUAAACACCUUACUCGGUAUUAUAUCGAAACGAUGGACAAAGAAAUAAUUCUACACUCUGAUGUUUAUCAAUCAACACUAUUUCACUACGUGGCGAUAUUGCAGAAAGAAUUGGACAUAUGUGAUUACCUGGAAUGUAAGGAUAGAAAAGGAUGGGAUUACCUGGAAUGUAAAGAUAGAAAAGGAUGGGAUUACUUGGAAUGUAAAGAUAUAAAAGGACAUGCACCAAAUGAAGUUUCAAGAUUUCGGUUACAGUCUGAAAUCAAGGGAAUUCCAAAUGUCAAUAUAGAAUCUAUACAUUCACUUUUACAAAAGAGAGGAAUAGGGGCCCCAUGGGACCACGAAGAAAGUGAAUAUAUCAAACAAACUGUUAUAAAGUUUGCUGAAGAACUGUGCAUUGCUAUUGGUGAAGAAGACGCAAGAUUAAAAUGUACUCUUCAAAGAUCAGGAAGCUCAGAAGAGGGAACAAAAGUAGGAGAUCCAAAUGAAUUCGAUUUUAUAUUUUGCUUGGAUGAGAUACAGAAACUAUGUAGCGUUAAGGAUUUGAAGAUGGAAAAAGAAUUUGUUGAACUAAAUGCUAACAUGGCCAAUAAAGACAUUCCUCAGCCAUUUACAAUAUUUUUUGGGGAAGACGGUUUGUGUAAAAUAUCAGAAGUUCGAUUGGCAUUUUCUAGAGCGGUGAAAACAAUUGUUUUCAAUGAGAAGAUUUGGAAAUCAAAAGACAUUAUUUUUGGGAAGUUAAAAAAUUCUAAGGAAUGUGACAAACCGGUAAUAACAUUGGAAAUACGUUGGUUUGGAUGCUCUUACAAAGAUGAAAUUAUAAGUAUUGACCUCGUGCCAGCUAUUAGAAAAAUGGAAUGGUGGCCUUCAAAUGGCGGUUGUUGUGAUUUGCUGAAUGCAAGUAUUAAAGGACAAGGAUGCUUAUUGCUGUUUCAAACAACAGUCAUGGUACAGUCGGAAACACAUUUGAGAAUUUCUUGUUCACCGGCAGAGAUCGACUUGUUAAAAAAUGUUUUACCGCCAUAUUGUCUUGAAGGUUAUCGUCUUUGUAAGCUACUUUAUCUGUGGCUUACAAAUAUCCAUAGUUCGGACGAUAAGUAUAUUCAGGCCUGCAUAAAAAACAAAUUGAUAACAAGCUAUAUGUUCAAAAAUUGUCUCUUCUAUGUGUUCGAAAAUUACAAAAAGAAAGGCAAUCCAGAAGCAACCGGAAAUUAUCAUUCAGCUAUAGUUGAUUUAGUUGGCGACAUCUUAUCAUGUUUGCAGUCUUUUAACAAAAAACUAACGUUUCCAGUUUAUUUCAUUCCCAGACGUGAAGACAUUUUCAUCAUCAAACCUUAUGAACAAAUUAAUCUCAUGAAGGAAUUAAAAGAAAUCUUGAAACAUCAAUGCGAAACUCGUGCACAUGUUAUAAUGUAUAUGCAAAAGAUACAUGGUCGUGGAAUGUUACAUUGAAAACAUUCUGUUUGUUUCCGACAUUUAAAUGUACUUUUGAAAAAAAAAUGCGUACGUUGUUUCAAUGAGUUCUUUCGUAUCGUAUCUUAUUAUGGUUAACAUAGUUUUAUUCAGUUGUUGACUUUUGUACAUAUAUAAAUCAAUACCAUGCAUGUAAUGAAAUUUAAAAGAUAAAUUAUUUCUUUAAAUAGA